AUGUCGGCGAGCGGGGCGGCGUUUGCGCCGCAGGCCUCGAGCACCGGUGCGCCGCCUGCGUACGCCUGUGCGCCGGUCGACGAGUGCAUGCCGUGUCCUGAGGACCACCUUGCCUAUCCCUACUGCCGCCCAUACAACAACCGCCAGGCGGUGCAGUGCCUUGCGAGCGACGGCGCCUUGGUCGAUGGCUGGAGCGCGUGCGGCAAGUUUAUUGGUGCAGAAGUGCGGCACUAUGGCCAGUUUGUGUUUCUGAAUGUGCUCCUGGUCGUCGCGGCGCUCUCGGUGUACGUCUGGCGGCAGGUCUACCAGACCCGCAAGUUCCACGGGAUGCUCUACCACCGCGUGCACGGGCGGCAGACGCGGCGUGCGCCUGCGAUGCAAAAUUAG